CGCGAUCUGUCACCACUGUCACAUAAAAUUACGUGAAUUCGGAAAUAAAAUUCAAGGCUCGUGAAAAAUAAACACUCCGCGUUUGUGAUGCACUUACCAAGAUAAUAAAGUUCCGCGCCGAAAACGGCAAACAAAAAACAAAUUCAUGUAAAAGUCGGGUCUUUCGACAAACUUUUGGUUGAAAAGUAAUUUCAUUGUGAAAAUAAAAGGACUCGCACGUUUCGCGUUUGACAGACGAAGUGCAAAUUAUUAUCGCAGAUUUUCGUCGUGAAAAUAAAAGGAACCUCACGAUUAGUGUUUGGAAAACGAAGCGAAAAUUAAAAUCGCCUAAGUUCCAGUGUUUUUCACUAUUUUCAUUUGCGAACAAUAGAAUGCCGCUGAUGUCCCUGUUUCAGAUGAAUUUUCGAGCGUUUCUGGUUCUUGCAUCAAAAAUAUGGACAUGCAUUUGUUACACGUUCACCAGGCAGGUGAGAGCUUAUCAACCUGUCAAGUACGACAUAUUUCCGUUAUCGCCGGUGUCACGUCAUCGACUCAGCUUGGUCCAGCGCAAAACGUUGGUACUCGAUCUGGAUGAGACACUUAUCCAUUCACAUCAUGACGCAAUGCCCAGGAACAAUGUCAAGCCUGGCACACCGCACGACUUUACGGUGAAAGUGACGAUCGACAGACAUCCUGUGCGAUUUUUCGUUCACAAACGACCUCAUGUGGACUACUUUCUUAGUGUGGUAUCGCAAUGGUACGAUCUGGUCGUAUUUACCGCAAGUAUGGAAAUUUAUGGUGCUGCUGUUUCUGAUAAACUAGACGCCGGUAGAAAUAUACUGCACAGAAGAUAUUAUCGUCAGCACUGCACUCCCGACUUUUCAUCAUACACCAAAGACCUAACGGCCAUCAAUAACGACUUAAAUAAUAUUUUCAUCAUAGACAAUUCACCGAACGCGUACCGCUGUUUUCCGAACAAUGCUAUCCCAAUAAAAUCGUGGUUUUCGGAUCCUAUGGAUAUAGCACUAUUAUCCUUGCUGCCGCUGCUAGAUGCGCUUCGAUUCACAAAUGACGUGAGAUCGGUGUUGUCAAGGAAUUUGCAUUUUCAUCGUUUAUGGUAGCAGAAUAACGCACAUCUAUACCACUAGUGGUGCUGUGUGACGUAGAUCGAUUUAUUUUCAAUUUUAGUUUUUACAUUUAAUCGUUAAAAUCAAAUUAAUUUAUUGAAAAUUUUGUAAUUAUUGAAUUUAAAAAUUGAAAAAGAAGAAGAAGAAAAUGUCAAAAUGGACAAACCAUACAAAAUGUAUAAUGCCACCGGGCACCUACUAUGCGGUACCGUCUUAUCAAUUAUAUCUAGAAAUAAAAACUCAUCGAAAUCACAAUAA